UAGAAAAUAAAGUCGAGAGUGAUAAGCAGCCCUCUUGUCAUUUUCAUUAUACGAAAGUCCACCCUAUUGUUCUCAACAUGUCUACGCAAGAACUCAAAAUCCUCACCCCCAUAGGCAUGCUCGGCUAUGGCUUCGACGAGUCCCUCUUCUGGUCCGCCGUAUCCAACGGAGUCGAUGCCAUCAUCUGUGACUCCGGGUCCACCGACAGUGGUCCGGCUCGACUAGCCCUCGGCACCAUGUCCGGCUCCCGAGAAGCGUAUUCCGCCGAAAUGGAAAAGUUCCUGCUCGCUGCACAUCACUUUCACGUUCCAGUGCUCAUUGGCAGUGCCGGAGGGGAUGGAGCGAAUGAUCACGUGGAUAUUUUCGUUGAUAUCAUUGAUGAGAUCAUUGCCCGGCUGCACUUGAGACCGAUGAAGGUGGUGAAGAUCUAUGCGGAGGUGUCGAAAGAUAUUGUUCGGUCUGAGCUGGCUGCGGGGAGGAUUGUGCCCUGUGGUGAGGCGGUUCCCCAGCUACAGCUGGAUGAUGUGGAGGAUGCGAGUCGGAUUGUGGCUCAGAUGGGUAUUGAGCCGUAUUUGAAAGCUAUGGAGGAGAAUCCUGAUUUUGAUGUCAUUAUUGGAGGGCGCUCGUACGAUCCUGCGCCGUAUGCAGCAUUCUGUGUACACAAGGGAUUCACGAAUCUGGAUAUUGCUUGGCAUAUGGGAAAGAUAAUGGAGUGUGGUGCGCUAUGUGCAAAGCCUAAGAGUCGUGAGGCAUUGGCUAUUGUUCGACAUGAUAGUUUCGAUAUCCGGCCCUUGAAUCCAUCCAGUCGCUGCACGGCUGUCUCGGUUGCUGCGCAUACGCUUUACGAGAAAACACGACCUGAUAUUCUCCUCGGACCGGGAGGUUCGCUUCAUCUGGAAGACACUACUUAUGAAGAGUUGCCGGAUAAUCGCACUGUUCGGGUUCGUGGUGCCAAAUUUAUCCCGGUGGAACAGGGCCAAUAUACAGUCAAGCUAGAGGCUGCACGAACCCGUGGGUAUCACAGCUGCUUCUUUGGUGGAUUCACCGACCCGAUUCUGAUUUCGCAGGUUGAUUCUUUCAUACAAACGGUCAGAGACCACGUCGCCAUGGUUUGCAAGUUUCCGUAUGAUCUCAAGUUGACGACGUAUGGCUCGAGGAACGAAAUUAGCAUGUUCGCGGACACGAACCAGGGUGCUCUCCCACCCAGUAUCGCUAUUCAUGGCGAUGCUAGAGCAGAAACCCAAGCGCAGGCCACUCGGGUGAUCCAUGCCGCACGCGUUGGUUGUAUGCAUGGCUCGUACCUUGGACAAGUGGCAACGUCAGGGAAUUUCGCCAUGCCGUGUGCGCCUCUUGACAUUCCGAUGGGGCGGGUGUGUGAGUUUUGCAUUUACCACCUGAUGCUAGUGGAUGACCCGACGGCCUUGUUCCAUAUAUCUGCGGAGGUUAUACAGCAUAGCUCUGAUGAAGAACCCCCUGAACUUGUGAUUCCAGCUUAUGCUCCAAAGGUUCAAUCUUCCACAGAUGCAAAGCAGGAAAACAAUUUGCCAAGAACCACAAGAUUGAGCCCUUCCUCUCCACCCGGAAUGCGCUACUUGGGCGAGUUUGCGUCGGUGAUUCGCUCCAAAAAUGCUGGGCCCUAUGAGUUGACAUUCGACAUCAUGUUCGAUUCCUUGGAAAAAUACUUCUUUGCCAAGUCAUCCGGUGUGUUGGAUGUUGCCAAGUUUGCAAAACUGUAUGACAUCGAAAUCUCAGACAUUGUUGCUGCUGUUUGGUGGGAGCCAGCCAUGGCACUGAAGGUGACUGUGAAGCGCCCGAUCGUUUCAGGGCGGUUCGGGGAAACCGAUACGCAUGGAAGCUGCCAGCAUGCCAGACUUUUGCGGGUCUUGAUUCCAGCUAUGGAACAUGUCCCGGUGGAUGAUUAGAUGUUCAGUUGUAUGUGUUGAACCUGCUUUAGAUGCUCAUGCACUUUUUGGUCCUUCCAGCUUGUCCCUUAGCUAGUCAGCGAUAUCAAGAAUCAAGAAUUGCCAACCAAAUUUUCCCAGUCCUCAAAAAUGUUCAUAAUGUCCGAGCUUUCAUUGAAUA